AUGCACGAACGAGUGGUGUCACAUCAAGAUGUGGGACGAAGCGAUGGGGACGGCGGGACGACGAGGAAGGCCUUGGUGAGGAUCUACGGCGAAGGGGUCGAGCUUUUCUUCGACCGAGAGGACGAGAUCAGGACUUUUGAGGCCAUGUCGAGGCACGGGCAGGGGCCGAGGUUGCUAGGGAGGUUUCCUAAUGGGAGGGUUGAGGAGUUCAUCCACGCUAGGACUCUCUCAGCAUCAGACUUGCGUGACCCUGAAAUAUCUGCAAUAAUAGCAACAAAGUUAAGGGAAUUCCAUGAACUCGACAUGCCUGGUCCAAAAAAAGUAUUCCUAUGGGACAGACUCAGAAACUGGCUGAAGGUAGCAAAAAGCUUGUGCUCUUCUGAAGAAGCUAAAGAAUUUUGCUUGGAUAUGCUAGAUGAAGAGAUCUCUAACUUGGAGAAUGUUUUAUCAGUGAAAAAUCAAAGGAUCGGCUUUUGCCAUAAUGAUCUUCAGUAUGGCAAUAUUAUGAUGGAUGAAGAGACCAGAGCAGUGACAAUAAUUGAUUACGAGUAUGCAAGUUUCAAUCCUGUUGCAUAUGACAUUGCAAAUCACUUCUGCGAGAUGGCUGCUGAUUACCAUACAGAAACGCCUCAUAUCUUGGACUACAAUAAGUAUCCUGAUCUUGAUGAGCGCAGACGAUUUGUAGAGAUUUAUCUGUGUUCUUCAGGUGAAAAGCCAAAGGAUACUGAGGUCAAAAUUCUUCUCCAAAACAUUGAGAAGUAUGUUCUUGCAACCCAUUUGUGCUGGGGACUAUGGGGAAUAAUUUCGGAUCAUGUGAAUGAUAUUGACUUUGAUUAUAUGGGAUAUGCAAGGCAGAGGUUUCAACAGUAUUGGUGGCGCAAGUCUGAUGCACUGGGUUGCAUGCCUCAUUAGCUGAGGACUGAACUACAUAUAUAUCCAUUUUUCUUUCUAGUUUUCCUACUUUGUAUAUAUGUUCAUAAGGGCACCUGAUGAGAGAAGAGAUCUUCUACAUCAUGGGGAAUGCCCAUAAUUAUAUUGAUGGAUAAAUAAUAUUGGUUAAUACAAUGGGCUCCAAAACUAGGAAGGUGUUCAUGUAAUUUAAUUAAUUAAUAUAAUACAUGGGGUCAUGCAGUGAGAAGGGGUUAGUGAGAAGGGGUUACCGGUGAGUUGUAGACAUCCUCUAUAAUCUAGGGUACAGAGAAUCUUAUGGGGUGCCUGAUAAUAUCAAACUUAUUCAGUGUUAUGUGUGAAGUAUGAUGCUCAUUUUUUAAUAAAAGGGGGAGCUUGUGUUA